AUGCAAGAGGUUGAAGGCGUUCACGCAGCCAACGUUACACAGUGGUUUAAAACGCAGGUAGAAGAUAUUUCGCCGCCGCUCGAAUUCACCUUAAUUGCCGGCGGGCACUCGAAUCUGACGUUUUCGGUCAAAGACAGUAAUGGCCAGACUUUUGUAUUGCGUCGUCCGCCGCUUGGGCACGUGUUGGAAAGUGCACACGAUAUGGGCCGCGAGCACAAAAUAAUAUCCGGAUUGGCGGGCUCUUCAGUACCAGUCGCAAAGACCGUUGGUGUGUGCCACGACCCGGAAGUGAACGGUGCGCCGUUCUACGUGAUGGAAUAUGUCCCCGGUCCUGUUUUGCAUGAUACCGAAGCGGCCAGCAAUUUGACCGCAGAGGAACGUAUAUCGAUAGGUCAUGAUGUGGUAGAUGUGCUCGCCAGGUUGCAUGCUAUUAAUCCGGAUGAUGUCGGGCUCGGGGACCUGGGUCGUAAAGAGGCUUAUCUGGCGCGACAGCUCAAACGUUGGAAUAAGCAGUGGGAAGCCAGCAAAACCCAUGAGAUACCUGCCAUGGAUGAGACCAGUCGUCUGCUGACAGAACUGAUGCCUGAACAGAUUGGCGCAAGCAUCGUGCAUGGCGACUAUCGGCUCGGUAACAUGAUUGUGGCCGAUGGCAAAAUUGCCGCUGUACUGGAUUGGGAGCUAUGUACCUUAGGGGAUCCGUUGGCUGAUGUGGGGUAUAUGUUGAACUGGUGGGUGCUGCCUGGUGAAGCGCCGGAAGACACGGCACCUACUGCGGCGGGUGGUUUCCCGGAUCGGGAGGCGCUGGCUGAGCGUUAUGCUCAGGCAACAGGUCGUGAUCUCAGUAAUAUUUCUUAUUAUCGCGCUUUUUCACACUGGCGCCUCGCAGCUAUCGGCCAAGGUGUUUACAAACGAUAUCUGGUUGGGGCGAUGGGCGAAAAUCGCGAUAUGGAUCUGGAAGCCUACAAGCUCAGUGUGUCUACCCGUGCAGAGGUUGCGCUGGAGUUACUCAGUUAG